UUGGGUUCCAAAUCCACAAAGUAUACAUCAAUCUUCAUAAGACGGCAAUCCGGGGGAGUUUUGCGUAUUCUCCUUGUUAUUUAUCCGUUAAAGGGUCGUCUCCAGCAAAUUAGCGGAAAAGAGAGUGCAGGUUUUUCACUCUUCCCUAAAGUCCAAGGUUGCAUGGAUUUCUCUGGUAAAAUCAUCAUCAGAGAGACAAUGCAACUUUGGUUUCAGACCUUGUAAUUGGGAACUUCCUCUGUUGAUAGUUAUUUCUGCAAGACUGACAAGUUGAAGAUCAUAGAUUAGAAGGAACUGUGCGUUUAGUAAGCUAUGGAGCCACUGUGGAAGCUCUUAUAUUUGCUGGAGCCAGCUCCCAUUACACUCAUCGUUACUGCAGUAGCUGUGACGUUUGGAUCUGCAUUUCGUGCUCUAAAUUAUGGGAAGGAAAUGGAGCGAAACCAUGACUUAUCUGAAGCAUCCAUUACAUUAGACAGGUCGCAAGCGCUAAUGAUCCCAAUAAUGAGCUCUUGCAGUUUGCUUUUGAUGUUCUACCUUUUCUCUUCCGUCUCACAACUCCUUACUGCAUUUACAGCCAUUGCCUCUGUUUCAUCCCUUUUCUUCUGCCUAUUUCCUUAUGCUGUGUAUGUGAAGUCACAGUUUGGUUUAGCUGAUCCAUUCGUGUCUCGGUGUUGCUCAAAGUCUUUUACACGAAUCCAAGCGUUAUUAUUGCUGGCAUGCUCUGGUAUUGUUGCAGCUUGGCUUGUCUCUGGCCAUUGGAUUUUAAAUAAUUUGUUGGGCAUCUCCAUAUGUAUGGCAUUUGUGAGCCACGUGCGUCUGCCGAACAUCAAAAUAUGUGCAAUGCUGCUCGCUUGUUUAUUUGUAUAUGACAUAUUCUGGGUUUUCUUCUCUGAGAGGCUUUUUGGUGCGAAUGUUAUGGUAUCGGUGGCAACACAACAAGCAUCAAAUCCUGUCCAUACAGUUGCUAAUAGUUUGAGCCUUCCUGGGUUGCAAUUGAUAACAAAGAAGCUGGAGUUACCUGUGAAGAUUGUUUUUCCUAGGAAUUUGUUGGGUGGAGUGGUUCCCGGAGGAAAUGCUGCUGACUUCAUGAUGCUUGGGCUAGGUGACAUGGCUAUUCCUUCAAUGCUUUUGGCUUUAGUUCUCUGCUUCGAUCAUCGAAAGAGCAGGGACUCAGUAAAUCUCUUAGACAUAUAUUCUUCGAAGGGGACGAAAUACAUAUGGUAUGCCCUUGCUGGGUAUGCGAUUGGACUGGUAACUGCUUUAGCUGCUGGUGUUUUGACUCGCUCACCUCAACCUGCACUUCUUUAUCUGGUGCCUUCCACACUGGGACCUAUUAUUGUGAUCUCUUGGAUAAGGAAGGAGCUAAUGGAGUUAUGGGAAGGAAACAUGCCGAACCUAAAUGAUAAAUCUCACCAAACAGAAGUUUGAGACCUUGUGUGUUCAAACACGACGUCACUGCUCGUGGUGUUAAUUCACAUGAAAGCACUCUUCUUGUUGAACUUUAAGAGAAAAUUAAAUUAUAUGUUUAUUUUGGUAUCUAAAAUCUGGCAUCAGAUGUUUCCAUUCAAUUCUCCAACAAUGAAAAAUAGGAGAUUUAUGGGAACCUUGUCUUACCCUAUGAUGUGUUUUCCUUUGAGACAAGAUAUAUUUUUCUGUUUUCCACGCUGAAA